UCUGAACUUCUAUUACAAGCAGUGUCAUGAAGAUUCUAAAUGUGGCUGAAAAAAAUGAUGCUGCCAAAAACAUAGCCAAUCACCUUGGAGGUGGCAAUGUUCGAAGGAGAGAUGGUUUAAGCAAAUUCAACAAAAUUUAUGAGUUUAAUUGUAAUGUACGAGGACAAAAUGCUCAAAUGGUCAUGACAUCUGUGUCUGGUCACAUGUUAGCUCUUGAUUUUAGUGGACAGUAUCGGAACUGGCGGGGCUGCAACCCCCUUUCUUUGUUUGAUGCGCCUGUUGUCAAGUAUUGCCCUAAGGAUUAUGAAAACAUUAAGCGAACAAUUGAGCGAGAAAUACGGAGUUGUCAGAUGUUAAUAAUAUGGACUGAUAGAGAAGGUGAAAAUAUAGGAUAUGAAAUUAUUGAUACCUGCCUGGCAGUGAAAACAAAUCUGCAAGUCUUCAGAGCAAAGUUUUCAGAAAUAACAGCUAUAUCUAUUCGAAGAGCUAUUAAUACCCUUGAGGCCCCAAACAAAUUGUUGAGUGAUGCUGUGUCUGUGAGGUCAGAGUUAGACUUACGAAUAGGAGCUGCCUUUACUAGGUUUCAAACAUUACGCCUACAAAAAGUUUUUCCUCAAAAAUUAGGGGAGAAUCUAAUUAGCUAUGGUUCUUGUCAGUUUCCAACUCUGGGGUUUGUUGUGGAACGCUACAAAUCAAUUGAAAGGUUCAUUCCUGAACCAUUUUGGAGAUUAGUUGUUACUCAUACAGUAGACGACUUAACUGUUCAGUUUUCCUGGAAAAGAGUAAGACUUUUUGAUGAGCUUGCAUGCCAAGUUUUACUAGACACUGUGCAAGAAAGACCAGAAGCUGUCGUUGAGAAAGUAGUAAACAAACCUAAAAGCAAAUGGAGGCCUGUACCAUUGGAUACCAUUGAACUAGAAAAAUUAGGAUCUAGAAAGCUGAAAAUAAAUGCGAAAGAGACCAUGAGGGUUGCUGAACGCUUGUACACGCAGGGCUUUAUAAGUUACCCUCGAACAGAGACUAACAUCUUCCCCAAGAACAUGAACCUGGGAGAGCUUGUUGGAAUGCAAACUCAAGACAGACGUUGGGGAGCAUUUGCGCAAUCUGUUCUAGAGGAAGGGCCAAACCCUCGCCAAGGAAAAAAAACAGAUGAGGCCCAUCCCCCCAUUCACCCUACAAAACAUACUGAUAACUUACAGGAUAAUGAAAAAACAGUUUAUGAAUUCAUUGUUCGUCACUUUCUGGCAUGUUGUUCAAAGGAUGCUCAGGCCCAUGAGACAAUUGUUGAUAUUGAUAUCAAUGGAGAAAAGUUUGUAGCCAGUGGCCUCAGAAUAACAGCUCGAAAUUACUUGGAUGUUUAUCCAUAUGAUAACUGGAAAGCCAAAGAAAUUUAUGCUUAUGAUGAGGCCCAACAUUUUGAGCCUACUAAUAUUGAAAUGCCAUUCGGGAAUACUGCUGCUCCAAACCCACUCACUGAAGCUGAUUUGAUUGCCCUUAUGGAAAAGCAUGGCAUAGAAUUAGAAGCUGACCUGCAGAGAAUUGCAAAUGGCACCCGUGAUGCAAAAGAUGUAUUGGCAGACCAAUUAAGAAAUUACCGUGCAGUAUUUGAGCGCGCUUUAGAGCAGGCAGCAAAGAUUGAUAUUGCUCUAGCUCAGUAUUUGAAUGAAGAAAGGCAACCUGCAACUGAAACUGCUGGUGCAAUAAUAGAGAUUGCUCACAAAAAAGUUUGUGUUUGCCCAUCAUGUGGGCAAGAUAUGAUUCUUAGAGCCAAAAAUAAAAAUCCUGGUUAUUUUAUCUCUUGCAUGGGUUUCCCUGAUUGCAUAAAAGCAAUUUGGUUUCCUAGUUUUGUUGAGCAUGCAGAUGUAUCUGAUGAAAUAUGCAAUGCUUGCAAUUCCAGGCCUAACAAAAUAAAAUUUCGAUUCAAGAGGGGAGCAUGUCUUCCACUCUAUCCAGACAACUAUGAGGGCUGUGUCGGAGGCUGUGAUGUGACAUUAAUAGAUAAGCUUUCCAUAUGCCCUAUUUCUGAUUUAGCAGGCCUGAUUAAUGCGGCACCAAGGCCUGCUAACACUGGGAAUAAUCAGAGGAACCCUCCAAGUCCCCCAAACCGUGGCUCUGGAUCCUCAGUCAACAACAGGCAGGUUAGACCAGCAACAGUGCCAAGGGGAGGAAAUACUGCCACGAGUGCUUUGGGGGGCCUCUUCCAAACUAGACAAAACUCAGUGCCUCCUGAUAAUUCUGUUGUCUGUAAACGCAAUACUGAUGCAAUUCAACUAACAGUCCAUUGA